AUGUGGAUCAACAAUCAGAGCUCACAAGAUGAUUUUAUCUUAUUGGGAUUCUUGGACUGUCCCUGGCUGGAGACACCACUCUUUGUAAUCUUUCUGGUGGCCUACAACUUUGCCCUAUUGGGAAAUAUCUCCAUUAUCCUUGUUUCCUGCCUGGACCCCCAGCUUGACAUUCCCAUGUACUUUUUUGUCUCAAAUCUAUCCCUAACGGACCUCUGCUACACUACCUGCACUGUGCCACAGAUUUUAGUCAACCUUAGGGGAAAAGGCAAGACCAUUGGCUAUGGUGGCUGUGUUGCCCAGCUGUACUUUUUCUUGGCCUUGGGUUCUACUGAAUGUAUACUGUUAGCCAUCAUGGUCUUUGACCAUUAUGCUGCUGUUUGCAAGCCUCUUCACUACCGAAUCAUCAUGAGCCAGAGACACUGCAUCCACAUGGCCACUGGGACCUGGAUCAGUGGCUUUGCCAACUCCCUUGUGCAGUCCACUCUCAUUGUAGUGGUCCCACAGUGUGGACAUAGGGUGAUAGACCAUUUCUUCUGUGAAGUUCCUGCACUUUUGAAACUAGCAUGUGCUGAUACUCAUGUGAAUGAGGCUGAGCUCAAUGUGCUGGGGACAUUGUUACUUCUGGUGCCCCGCACCCUCAUCCUGGGCACCUAUGUGCUCAUUGCCCAGGCAAUAAUGAGAAUCCACUCUGUUGAAAGUCGCUGGAAGUCCUUCAACACCUGUGCUUCACACCUGCUGGUGGUGUCCCUCUUCUACUUCACAGCCAUCAGUAUGUAUGUCCAGCCUCCCUCUAGCUACUCUCAUGACAGGGGGAAGAUCAUGGCUCUCUUCUAUGGGAUCAUCACGCCCACACUCAAUCCAUUUAUCUAUACACUGAUGAACAAGGAUGUGAAGGCUGCCCUGAGAAGGGCACUGACCAAGAGUUUUGGGUCAAGAGGAGAUGAUCUCUGGAAAGGAGACCCACGAAGCACAGAUAGAUGUGUUUUCCUCCCUGAGAGGAUCCUGGGCAUGGAAGUGAUGAGAGAAUGGUACGUCAAGUGCCACAGAGUUCACAGAUGGAGCAGGACUGGAAAGAAGCAAUAA